UUGGCAUCUCCAAGCAGUUGCGCUGUGGACGCACAUCUGGAGAGCGCGUUCGUUAUGAAUUUGAAACAAAGCGUAAUAGAUUGUGGAUGAGAGACGGCGUCUCAUUUUUUGUCUGCAUUCUCAGUUGUUGGCGUUCAGCAGUAUUUUCCCCCCGCUUUCAUGUGUCUUGAUUUGAACAGCGUGAAGUGAAGCUGUAACUCGAGACGUCGGGUUGUGGGCUGAACAGCCAGGCUACAGCAACUCCAACAGCUGGAUGAGAGCUGGAAACAUCUGCAGCGCCUGUUCCGGAGUGCGUAAAAUGAAGCAGCAGCUGAGUGGCUUUGCGCCGCUCGUCCUGCAUGAAACAUCCUAGGAAUGAAGCAUCUGUGUGCAUCAGAGACUGCGCUCUGGUGGGACAUGAUAAGAACCCUCUCUGUUCAUUUAAAACAACCCGCAACGGUUUACUAGAGCUGAAACAGUCGAUCAGAAAGGAAUGAAUCAGAUGGACACUUCCUCUGAGGAGUUGCGCUCUCUCCCUCCAAGACCACCGAAUUUAUCUUCAGCUUCUCCAAAGAGACGCUUUGUCAAGCUGGGAAGGAAGACAAGUGAUGGAUCUCAGCAAUCAGGUACAUCCACUGGCAGUUCAUCCACCGGCAGGUCAGCUGAGGGUGUGGCCGUCAGACAGCCCAGCAAGAGCCGCAUCCAUCGCCAUACCAACCGCCUCUCAGGUGUCUUCCGUCGCCCGGCCUCCAGCUCAAGCUCUAUGGCCCUGACCUCAAGCCUCAGGUCAUCACGGAAGGGCAGCAUGAACUUGACAAAUGCUCUCGCAGAGGACCCAUCUGAGCUGUCCAAUCAGAUAACUGCUCCAGGAAUCCUGAAGAUCUUCGGGAGUGAAAUCUGUAAAGGAGCUCACUAUAAGAGUGUCCUGGCCACCACACACUCCAGUGCAAAAGAGCUAGUCAAAGAGGCCCUUGAACGGUAUGGCCUGGGCAAGGAAGAGGCGGUAUCCUACGUUCUCUGCGACUCCAUUGGCUCCAUUGGCGGACAUCAGUGGAGGACAGAAGGGUUCCGAGUGGUGGGCGACAACGAGAAGCCCCUCCUCCUGCAAUCGCUAUGGAAACCUAGAGAGGGUCUGGCAAGACGGUUUGAAAUCCAGAGGAGAAGCUUGGUAGAGGAGGAGACAUCCAAAGACAAAGAUACUAUCACUGCUGGUAUCAAUGCCCAGGCUCGUAAGCUGCAGAAAAGCCGCUCCAGAGUGAACUCCACACUCAUAGAGAGGACUUCAGGGCGAAGCCAUAAACUGUGGAGGAGCAAAAGUGAGAUGGACCUCUUAGAUUCUGAUACAGAGACCACGCAGGACACAGAUCAUGAUAAAUGUCUCAGUGAUCAAAGCAAGAAGCUGAAUCAAACUUCAGUGCAGAGCCUGGAGCGCUCAAAAAAAAGAAGCGCAGAACAGAAUCACAUUCACAUCGCAGUUCACUCAGAGCGGGACAGCAGGUCGCAGUCCAAAACAGAGACCCUCUGUCCGUCGAGGUCGAGAAGCGAGCGGGAAGGAGAGGAGUCUGAGAGGGAGGAGACGGAGAGCAGCGACGAUAACACCACACAGUACUCCAUUCACCCUCCUCUUGACUGUCCAUACCUGCUGCUGCUGCAGGGCUGCAGCCUCGCACAGGACUUCAUCAUCUACCUACUUGCGAGCCCAAACAUUGUAAUGGGUCGACAAAGUGACCAUGAUGUAUCAAAGCCUGACAUCCUCCUCUUUGCCCCUGACAUAUUUCCAAAACACUGCUAUUUCCAUCGCCAUAGCACUGGCGGCCCCACCAUGCUCUCCCCUUGUCAAGAUGCCAUCGUUAUGAGAAAUGGUGAGGUACUGAGGAAUGAAGUACAGCUUAGCCCUGGUGACGUUAUUGGACUGGGACAGCACUACCUGUUUCUCUUCAAGGAUCCCUUAGCUUUGACGCACAAGGAAGUUAACAGCACUGCAUCUGAGCCCAGCUUGUCUACGAUCCCCAGCCUGCUGGGUCACACCACUUCUGCCACUACAACAAGCCAUACCAGAGAAAUGAUAUUCUGCAACACCUGCAUCUCAACCUGCACUGACCUCCAGAGCCCGAGCAGCAAACAGAGCCCGAACAGAGGCCCCCCCUUUCUAAAAUCACCCGAGGGCCACAGCUUGACUUUGAACUAUGAGACGGUGCACGAACAUCACAUUGUCAAAACAAUUAUUGCUAUGGAAAGUAGCAGAGUCCAAGACAAACCAGUGCUGACUGUUGCAUUGUUGCUGUGCAUGUGUGUUCAGUAUUCAUCCACAUGUCUUCAUACCUCAGACCUGCGCAGGCUUCUGCUGCUUAUUGCAAGCGGAGUUCAGAGUGUCAUGUGGGAGUACACUAAGGACCUAGCUGCGGUUCAACCUGAAGUUCUCAAUGGUGAAGGCUCAAACCCAGAAGAUCUGCAGCUUCUCAGCCUUGAGGAGGUGAUCUCAGGACUGCGCCCCCUGGUGGUAUGGAUGUCUAACAGUCUGGAGCUGCUGCAGUUCAUCCAGUACCAGCUGCCUCUUAUUCUGGAGUGGAGAACCAGAAAAGAGCAGGGACAGGAGGAUGAAGAAGAAAGGGAAGAAGCAGAGAGCGAGGAGGUGGAGAACUUGGCCUUGUUGGAGCUACGUCUGUCCUGUGUCCGUUCAGCCAGUGAGGAGACAAUGGCUGUCCUGGAGGAGGUCAUCAUGCUCGCCUUCCAGCAGUGUGUGUACUACAUCACCAAGGUCCUGUACCCCAUCCUGCCGGCACUUCUGGACUGCAACCCAUUCAGGGAGAGCCCUGACCUGCAGGUGAUUGGUGAGGGUACCCGGGUCCUGGGUAGCAGUGGGCUGCAGGUCCCUAGUGAGAUCGAGCAGGUUGUGGAGGUCCUGACCGAGACUCGGAGACUACUCUCGGACUGUCAGCUCCACCCAGAGAUUUCCUCACAGCUCAUCGCCUACCUCUUCUACUUCAUCAAUGCAUCACUUUUCAACUCACUCAUGGAGAGAGGCUCAGAGCCAGGUUUCUACCAGUGGUCCAGAGGCGUGCGUAUGCGGGCCAAUCUUGAUCUGCUCCUGGACUGGGCCCAUGCAGCUGGACUGGGGGAACUGGCUUUGGAGCACACACACACGCUCUCGUCGGCUAUCAAUCUGCUGGCUACGCCUAGAAAGAAUUUACUGCAGACAUCUUGGGUGUCCUUGCGAUCUGACCACCCUGCCCUGAGGCCAGCCCAGUUGAACCACCUGCUGAGUCUUUACAGCCCAGCAUCUCCCUGCAGACACACCUGGGCUCCAUCUGUACAUGACCAAGCAGCAGCUCAUAGAACUGCUGAGAUCUUGGAGACUUUUGACACCCACCAUCCUCUAGUGCUGCCAGAUGGGGGUUACCAGUUCCAACUGAGAAGGGCAGUAACAGAUUCAGCCUUGAGAGAACAGCUGGACAUGCUUCAAGAGUUCAUUUCCAACCUCUGUGACUCACAGUCCAAUGAAGUCACAGCUACUGGGGACCACCAGGGUGGUACCACUCCCAUGGAGGAUAAACCGACUAAGAUAGAUAUUCUUCCAAAAGCCAGUCUGGAAACCUUGGAUACAUCACCAGUUGAGAUGGUCUUAUCUCAGGCUACUGUCCAGAACCACCCACCCUCUAAUGCCUCUACUGCCUUACCUCCAUCACCCCCAUCACCAUCGUCUCCCUCUUCCACCCAGUACCUCGAUGAGUUCAGCUCCUGCGGUGCCCUCCUUUUGUCCCAGAAGCUAAGGAAUCUGGAGCUGCAGACAAGAGAGACGGACACCUCUGAGAUGAGGAGGUCGGCACUGGACCCCUCCUGUCUCCUCACCCCACCCAACACCCCCCACAUUAUAGAUCCUGUUCAUUUGGUGAAGGCAGACCAAGAUAAAUGGAUGAAGGUUGACAGUGAGACACUCCCCUGGUCCUCUGGUGUAGAUACACAUGAUGAAGGUGGUUUAGUGUUUGAAUGCCUGGCUGCACUGAAAGUAGACCGUUUGAAAUCAGAUUGCAACAGUAUGAACAUAAUUGUUGAACUAAAAGAGGAAGAAGAGGAGCAGGAGGAGGAAGAGGCGGACGACCAUUAUGAUGACAAUAACGAUGAGGUCUUUAGUUUGGAGCUGGAGCGAGGUGAAAGAGGACUUGGUCUUGCUCUGGUUGACACAAGGGACACUUUAUUGAAAGUGAAAGGCAUCUUCAUCCGUGCAGUGGUCCCAGACUCUCCUGCAGCCCGGAGUGAGAAGCUGGCACCAGGAGACAGGAUCCUGGCUGUUAAUGGAGUCAGUCUGCUUGGACUGGACUACCAAAGUGGAAAGGAGCUGAUCCAAUCAUCAGGUGACAGACUGAGGUUACUGGUGGCCAGGUCUGACUGGAUGGCCAAGGUUAUAAUGAGUGAAUGCUGACAGCAUUUCUCAAUACGUUUGUUAACCUAGAGACUGUUAUGGCAUCACAAGUGCACUUAGAGAAGAGUGUAAAAGCCUGUUGAACAUUCAGGUUCAGGAUGUGGGCUGUGAUGUAAGUAUGUGGUGGUUGAAAAGACAAAAAUGCACUAUAAAAUGAGCUAUGGUCCUGGUUGAAUUUAGUGCCAGGUUUUAGCUGCUAAAUGUUUUGUAGCUUUAAUUUACAUUGUAAUAGCAUGAUGGUAAUUAUUGAUGUGUAUGUUUGAUACAGUGUUCUAAUGAAUGACGCAUUUUGAUUUCAGAAGUUUGCUUCAAACAUUGUAAAUUUGUUUGGUAUGGAUGGGUAGGGGUUGGCUUCAAAAAUCGCUGCUGCCAUGCUACUAUUCAAAUUCUUAGUCCAGCCCUCAUUUUAAGUAGUGUAUUUAAACUCUUAAGACAGGGGCAGAAGAUACUUGUCCAAAGACUGUUUCCAAUCCAAAAGUCUUCCAUGCAAAUACAUGACUAGAAGGACCACAGGAGGUCAGGAGAACUUGGCAUUUGAGAGCCUGGACCGUAUUACCAGCAUUUCCUGUCCCAAAAGCCAGCUUCUACACUUCUAAUCAAAUUUGAUUGUUGAAGUUUCCAACAAGAAGUUUCAAAAAGGAAAUAUAAGAGCAGCGUACAUGAAAGUCUAAAAUUGGAUGGACAAACACCGUUGUAAAGCUGGUCUUAUAUCAUUUGUCAAACUACUGCUGUGGACAGAAAAACAAUAAGCACUAACUUAAGUGUAAUAUAAUUGCCAUUCUUCAAUUUAGUUUUUAUUAUUCAUCAUCUAUAAAAUAAUUGGAUAUGUGAAAGUGUUACUGUGUUGAUAAGUGUUGGUCUGAAUUAUAAUUAAACCAUAAAAACAUGUUACAUUUUUUCAAUGUUUCUUCAUUGACCAUGAUCUUAUUUUCUGUUUUGGACCACAGUCACAGAAAGUGAGUCCACUCAUUUAUUUCUCCUUUAGGCUGGGGUUCUAAUUUUAUCAUUUUAUUUUUUCUUUCACAAAUUACAGUAAAGAUGUUCAAUAUUAGCUCCUGCCUGUUGUGUUUCAGCAAUAAAAACAUUUGAAUCCUC